GAAGACACUUACUCAUUGGGAAUGGAGAACAGUUUGCCAGUUUCCAGUAUGCAAGACCCUUCGUCUGCACCCUUGGAAAAGCAUCUCAGCUCAGCUAAUGGAAAUGGAGAUCUUGAUUCAGAUGAAGGCUCAAGCUUGGAGGAGAUUGGCUUUAACUGGGGAGAGUAUUUGGAAGAAACAGGUGCAAGUGCAGCCCCUCACACAUCAUUCAAACAUGUUGAAAUCAGCAUUCAGAGUAACUUCCAGCCGGGAAUGAAGUUGGAAGUGGCAAACAAGAACAACCCAGACACGUACUGGGUGGCCACCAUCAUUACCACUUGCGGCCAGCUGCUGCUUCUGCGCUACUGUGGCUACGGGGAGGACCGCAGGGCCGACUUCUGGUGUGACGUGGUCAUAGCGGACCUGCACCCUGUGGGGUGGUGCACGCAGAACAACAAGGUGUUGAUGCCCCCAGAUGGUGAGCCACAUUACGGAGGCUUUGAUUUCCAAGCCAUCAUCCUUCUUGAUGCCCGUAGGCAUGCAGGGGCAGAGAGAAGCUUGUAG